GUGUCCCGCCUCCCCCACACGCUCACAGCAGUGGACGAGCCCCGCCGUCCCGGGAACUGGGGCAUUUUCUGCCCCCCCCCCGCCGGGUCGGCCCCCGGACACCAGGCGGCAGGGUCUCAGCUCCAAGCAUGCAGGUGCCUCAUGGGCUCGGUCCUCAGGGCCACGCGGGCAAGGGCACCUUCCCCACUGACUCCAGAUGAGAAACCCCAGUCCCAGGGGACAGUCCUGGGCCAUCUCGGCACACACGGGAGGGACAGGGCCCGCGCAGGGCUCCUUCCAGGAGAGCAGGCCGGGAGGAUCCUGCAAACCGGGUCCUGGGCAGAGAAGUCGGCGCCGGUCCACGCACACUGCUGAACUAGGGUUUUAUUUUCCCCAGAUCUAAGAGCUGAAAUGUCACCAACGUUUAAAAAUCUGGAUGACGACGUGGCCACAGUAUUCGAUGAGAUUCUCGUCCAGGAGAUUUUGGAUCCGAAUAAAACAAAGUCGGCUGAAACGCAAACCACCGCGGCGACAGUGCCCAUGAAGACGGUCCAGGAGAAAAACUCUGGAAUCGAUGAGAAUUACCAGGCUGACAGCUCCGAGAAUUACCAUGAAUUAUUAGAGCACAUACAGUUCUCUUCUGGCAAUGAGGACAGAAACUCCAACAACGAGGCCAGCACUGGAGAGAACGCCCACGUGGGGGCUGCCAAGGACUCCCGCAAGCCACAGCUGUCUGCCGGAGACACCGGCAGGCGCAGAGCUAGGCAGCUGCCGCCAUGACCGUCAGCUCCGUGGAGAUCAGCUGAGCGACUUGGAGGAGGCGAUGUCCUUGUUUUGUUUGCCAAUGUUGAAACUGUCAAAGAUUCUGUAGCAGUUCUGAGUAAAGCGUAAUAAAGAUGUUUUUAAAAUGCA